GUAACACGUGACCGACUUCUUGCGAGAUGGCCCAAAGAGGGACGUGGAAACGUCCCCGCCGAAACAGCCAUCGGGACGGGUUAUCCCGGAGAUCCAGCCACAAAACAGUAUAUUCGUAUGUGCAUGGAUCCCAUUCUAGGCUUUCCACCGCUUGUCCGUUCUUCUUGGGCCACUGCACAAAAUCUUUUGGAGGAACGUGGAGUUAAAUUUGUUUGGGAAGAUGAAGUAGACGCAGAGGAAGGAAAAAAUCGCUCGGUAAAGCGUACAUCCGAAGGAUCGGCAAAAAUUUCUGGAUUUUUCAAGUCGGUACCUCGCAGUGAUCACCAUACAAAGCGACAACCGUUCUUUGUCAUAGCAGGUCUCACAUCGGUGACAAACUUUUAA